UUCUGCAUCAAACCAUUCAUUUUGAUUGGGGUGACAUUAUAGAUUAUAUUAACGUGCAUUGUUGUCGUGUUCUAAACUAUUUUUCAACGACUUUUUUUCUGAACCAUAGUCUUUAUUAGCUCUUGUGUUCUUGAGUUUUAUAGCUGCUCAGAAAACCCGGGCGACGUUCACUGUCGCACCAAAUAAACAUGGCCGCCUCCCCGCCGUCAGACGUGUGUGUGAAAAAUACGGAUGAAGACAUUAAUUGUGCAAUGGAAACGGGUGAGUGCUCAGCCACGGAGGACGCGGGAGACCGUCAAAAGAAAGACUCACACGAAAGUGAGCCAGAAACAAAAGACACUUUUAAGAAACCGGCUCUUUUCGCAGCGCCUUCCCUCGCCAGCAAACGCAGCAACGUUAGCGUCGCUGCUCCGUCCAAAGCCAAAGCUGCCGAAACAACAAGCGUGACAGAAAAUAACGACGCUGAAGGCGUAGACACUACGAGUGAGGAUUAUUCGGCUCCUGUAAAUGAAAACAAAACCACAGACAAAAGCAAAGAAGAGGAAAACAAAUGCGGUGAAGGCAAGAAAGCUCCUCCUCCUGUCAAAACUAAGCCAGAAGCUAAACCCAGGGUGCUUCCUACUAAAGGGCCCCCGGCUGGUAAGUUCCCCCCUCUCCCAUACACAGAGCCGCCCUGGGGUGGCAUCGCUCCGGAUGUCCCAUAUGCCCUAGAAAUCCUUAAAAACGGCACCAUAGUGGACAAAGUGCCCCUCACACAGAGAAGUUACUUCGUGGUUGGACGUUUGCCUGUGUGUGACGUCUCUUUGGAGCAUCCCUCCAUCUCCAGGUACCACGCGGUGAUUCAGUACCGCAGACAGGGCGGAGAGGGACAGUGUGUGGGAGAGGAGAGAGGGUUCUACGUCCAUGACCUGGGCAGCACACACGGCACUGUGGUGAACAAGAACAGGAUCCCUCCGAAGACCUACAUCAGACUGCGCGUGGGACAUGUCUUGAAGUUUGGUGGGAGCACGAGGCUUUUUAUCCUGCAGGGUCCAGAGUUUGACGAGGAAGAGGAGUCUGAGCUAACAGUGACAGAGCUGAGGGAGCGAGCACGAAAACAGAAGGCAGAGCUGGAGAGGAGGAUGAUGGGAGAUGGUUCUGAUAACGAGGAGGAGGAGGAGAUAGAGGAAGGCGAAAGCAACAAGAGUCAGAGCAAACUGUCAAAUGAAGACUCGGGCUGUUCGUGGGGAAUAGCUGAGGAGGCCGUUCCAGAGGAAGACGAGAACGAGGAAAACCCUUUUUCAACAGAGUUCCACGAGGACCAGGAAGCUGCCUACCUGAAAGACCCAAAGAAAGCUUUGCAGGGUUUCUAUGACAGGGAAGGAGAGGAGCUGGAGUUUGAGUAUGAAGACAAAAGCCAUGGCAGCUGGCUCUGCAGAAUAAAGCUUCCGGUGGAUGAUGCCAUGGGCCGGCAGCUGGUUGCCGAGGUGACCCACACAGGGAAGAAGAAAGAAGCUGCCAUCCAGUGCUGCCUGGAGGCGUGUCGAAUGCUGGAAGCCAGAGGGCUGCUGCGCCAGGAAGCAGUGUCCCGUAAGCGCAAGAAGAAGAACUGGGAAGAUGAGGACUACUACGACAGUGAUGACGACACCUUCCUGGAUCGAACCGGUGCUGUGGAGAAGAAGAGGCAGGAGAGAAUGAAGAAGGCGGGAAAGAUUGAGGAGCGGCCUGAGACCUUUGAGUCAUUGGUGGCCAAACUGUCAGAGGUGGAGAAGGAGCUAGCAGAGACUCAGAAAAAGCUCAGUGCUGGUAAGGGAGACUCCUCCGGCUCUUCCAGUGAGGACCCGCUGGAUGCCUUCAUGACUGCAGUGCGAAGCGAGGCGGCGAUGGACGCUGUGGCGCGCAGGAAGCUUCACAUGCGCGUGGCCGACCUGCGCAAAGACGCUCAGAGGCUCCGCAAACUAGUCGAGCUCACACGGCCCGCCCAGAUGCCCGCGUUGCUGCCGAGUGGUAGCUCAGAGCCGGAGAAGCCUAAAAAGACCUUACCGCUGUUUGGAGCCAUGAAGGGAGGAAGCAAAUUCAAACUGAAGACUGGUACCAUCGGGAAGUUGCCUCCUAAGCGCCCCAACUUGCCUGCAGAGCUCUUCAACAUGAAAGAACUUCCACCUGGUGCAGAAGAGGAGGAGGAGGAGGAGGAAGAGGAGCAGGAUGCAGAGAAAAAUGAGGAUAAUGAUGAUGAAGAGUGCCCAACCAUAACUGAGACUAAUCUUGACUCUGAAGAGUCCAGUGUAUCCAUGUCUCAAGAGAGCGCUCCCUCAGGGCGGCAAAGACCGCAACCAGCACCGUCUCAAGAGCCAAAAGAGCAAAGCCACAAACAGAGGAGAGGUGAGGAUUCUCCCGCAGCAGCUGAGCAGAUCCCUCAGCGCAGCAGCAACAAGGCUGUGGCCCCAUCAAGUGUAGAGUCCAAAGCAGAAGGCGACACAGAGCUAGCAGCAGAGCCCAGCCCCAGACAGAACGUGAAGAAGAAAAUGAUGGGCCCCAGCAAGCCACCAGUGCAGCUCUCGGGGCAGUAUCCAGAGGACGACCCUGAUUAUUGUGUCUGGAUGCCUCCUUCAGGUCAGACUGGAGACGGCCGCACACACCUGAACGACAAGUACGGCUACUGAGGGAAACCAUCGGCGAGAGGGCUCUUGUGUCUCCACUCCACCAGCUUCUACACUGCACAAAGCCUCCUGUCCCCUUAGCUCUGACCAUUAACCCAUCCUACCCAUCCCAGUCAGUCAGUGUGUGUGUGUUUGUGUGGCUGAAGUAAUGGCAGCCUGCAAAGGACAAGCAAAGAUAAGAUAAUAAUGCUGCACCUUUUUAUUUGUCUUUUGGGGAUAUUUCCAUUCUCAGACUGCCAUAAACAAAAAGCACCAUUCCACUUCAAAUUAAACUGGCCUGCUUUGGGAAUUGCCCCACUCAGAGCAGACACUGGGCAGUCGGCCUGCUGGCACUUUUCACCCCUGACGAUAAUAGAGAUGGGUAGCACUUGAAUUUUGUUCUUUUAUUUGAAUUGCAUAUCAUCCAAGUAGAAAAUAGAAAGGGGCAGAGCAGGAGCAGUAACUGAUCUGAAUUCAGCUUUCUGGUCUUUGGCCCGCUCCUCUUGCAUUUAAAUCCACCUGACGUCCAAUCUGCAUCCCUCCCCUAUUUGGCUUCAGUCCAUCGCUGGCAUUACCUUUUUUUUUUCUCCAAAAGGACAGUGUGUAGCAAGAAGGGAGAAAGAGGGAGAGCAUUGAAGCAGCUUUUCUGACCAUCUGGACACUUGGAUGGCUUACUGGAUGAAACGCAAGCUGAUAAUGACUCAAGCUAAGUGGAGUGUGUGUCAGCGUCUACAAUGACACACACACACACACACACACACACACACACACACACAGCCCCAACCUUCUCAAAGUUCCCUUUUUAACAAGAUCGUCUUUAUGAGCGAGUCAGCUAUUGGUGUGUGUUUGCCUAGAGCAGGAUUCCUCGCUCUGUGAAAUCCCACUCAGUGCUGUUCUGUUGGUUUACUGCCAUACUCUCCACCCUCUUUCCUGUCAUCUUUUCUCAAAAAGACAAAGUAAAGAAAUGUAAACUGUAUUUUGUUAUAUAAAUGUAUAAUAAAACUGCCUGUAUGUAA